UUGCGGUAUAUUGUCCUUCAUUGGUUCAUUUUUCGAUUCAUUGUUGAAUGACUUUGAACUGUGAAGAAGAGUUUGUUGAAUGGAGCAUAAUCCUUCAAACUGAAACUUUGUGAGUAAAUCAUUCAUCUCUUUCCACUUCAAGUCGUUACAAAUGUACCAAUUUUUUAUUGCAAGAUUCCCUCAUUAUAGGACCCUUCACUCUAAUUUUCUUUGCCGCAAUGCUUUUUCUCUUUUCUUCGAUUCUCGUUCUUUCUCUGUUUCCAACACAAACCACCAUCAUCAACCUGGAAACUUUACCUUAUCAACCCUCGUAAAUUCAUGCGGUUUGUCCCCAGAAACCGCCCUUAAACUCUCCAAAAGGCUGCAAAUCAAAAACCCUAAUGGCCCAAAUGCUGUAGUUCAACUUCUCACCAACCAUGGCUUCUCUGAUUCCCAGUUACGUAGCUAUAUCAAGAAACACCCUUUGGUACUUUUAUCAGAUGCCGAAAAGACCCUUUUGCCAAAAAUCCAAUUUUUGCAAUCCAUUGGGGUUUCAACCACUGAUCUCCCCAAAAUCCUAAUUGGGAACACUUCCUUUCUGUCAAAAAGCUUAGACAAACACCUAAUCCCUCGUUAUGAGGUCAUUAGGAGCCUAGUUUGCAAUGAUAAAGAGGUAGUUUCAGCUUUGAAGCAUGGUUCCUGGAACCUUCACUGUGGUUGGGCUGUAAAUGAUGCAGUUCUGAACAUUGAGGUUUUGAGGAACCUCGGUGUGCCUCAAGGUUGCAUUUCUCUAUUGGUAUCCAAUUUUCCCGGUAUAGCAUUCACCAAGCAUUCCAUAUUUGUUGAGGCUGUUAAUUCAGUCAAGGAAAUAGGGUUUGAUCCAUCAAAGUCGAAUUUUGUUUUGGCACUCCAGGUGUUUGCGAAAAUGAACAAGGAUAUUUGGGAAUCAAGAUUUAAGAUUUUCAAUAAAUGGGGUUGGUCGAGAGAUAUAUGUCUUUCGGCUUUCUUAAAGCAUCCGCAAUAUAUGAUGAUCUCGGAAAAGAAGAUUAUUAAAGCAAUGAACUUCUUGGUGAAUGAUGUGGGUGUUAGCCCCGAAGAAAUUGCGAAAAGGCCUGGUAUACUGAACCGAAACUUGGAGAAGACGUUUAUCCCUAGAUGGGCUGUUGUUAAAAUUUUGAAGUCAAGGGGUUUGAUAAAGAGUGAUUUACGCAUAAGUAGCGUUAUUUCAAUAAGUGAGAAAAAGUUUUUGGAGCGAUAUGUUACCCGAUUUCAAAAAGACGUGCCCGUGUUAUUGGAUGCAUAUAAUGGUCAUAUGUCAGAUUGAUCAUCUUGGUAUACGCUAAACUUUGAAACUUUGAAUUGGUUGUACUUGAUUGCAAAAGUUGACAGUUCAUUUUUUAUGAUUUACAUAUAUAGCUUAAUGGUUUGUGUUACUAGUUUUUAGAACUGAAUCAUUUUAUGAGGUUGUAAGAGCUGAUUUUACCAAGAAAGCAAGCCCCUAGUGAAUAAUAUGGGCUUGCCAACAGAAUAUGUCACAGCAUUUUCUCAUAUUCUAUCCUACAACUUGGACAAGAUGAUUGUUCCUA